AUGAGAGGGUAUUUCAUGCAAUUAUGCAUGUAGUAGGGCCUAGCAUGACAAAAUCAUGAGACGGGACUAGUGUUUAAUAUUAAGUAUAUAAAAGCCUCUCAUGACAUAAAAGUUCUAGCAAUAGAAAUUCUCCAUUUCUAACAAGGAAAAUAAAGCUCUGCCUCUGCAACUUUUGCAGUUCCAAUAAUGGAGGAAACUUCAACCCAAUUAGCUGAAGAACAAGCAACAGUACAAUCUCACAACACGGAAGCCGGUGAAGAUGAAAGAGACCCAGAAAGCAAUACUCUUCAACAACCACUCCUCAAGAGAAACAGAACAUUAUCUUCUAAUCCAUUAGCCUUGGUUGGAGCUAAAGUUUCUCAUAUAGAGAGCUUAGAUUAUGAGAUCAAUGAGAACGAUCUUUUCAAGCAUGAUUGGAGAAGCAGAUCCCAAAUUCAAGUUUUACAGUAUAUAUUCUUAAAAUGGACUUUGGCAUUUCUAGUUGGUCUGCUUACUGGCUUAAUUGCCACUCUAAUCAAUCUUGCAGUAGAAAACAUUGCUGGUUACAAGCUUUUAGCUGUUGUUCAUUUCAUUGAAAAUGAAAGGUAUUUAACAGGGUUGGCCUAUUUUACUGGGGCUAAUCUUGUUUUAACAGCCUUUGCCUCUAUUUUGUGUGUGUGUUUUGCACCUACAGCUGCUGGCCCUGGUAUACCUGAAAUUAAAGCUUAUCUUAAUGGAAUUGACACUCCUAACAUGUUUGGUGCUACAACAUUGAUCGUCAAGAUAUUUGGAAGCAUUGGAGCAGUCUCUGCAGGCUUAGAUUUAGGAAAGGAAGGACCUUUAGUGCACAUUGGAAGCUGCAUUGCUUCCUUAUUAGGGCAAGGAGGACCUGAUAACUACCGUUUGAAAUGGCGUUGGCUUCGCUACUUCAACAACGACAGGGAUCGCCGCGACAUUAUCACCUGUGGUGCUUCUUCAGGUGUUUGUGCAGCCUUCCGCGCCCCAGUAGGCGGUGUUCUGUUUUCUCUUGAAGAGGUAGCAACAUGGUGGAGGAGUGCACUUCUUUGGAGAACUUUCUUUAGUACAGCAGUAGUUGUUGUAGUAUUAAGAGCUUUUAUAGAAAUCUGCAAUUCUGGAAAAUGUGGACUUUUUGGUAGAGGAGGAUUAAUCAUGUUCGAUGUGAGUGAUGUUACUGUUAGAUACCGUCCCAUGGAUAUUAUCCCAGUUGUUGUAAUUGGCAUAAUUGGUGGAAUUCUGGGUAGCCUCUAUAACCACGUUCUUCACAAGGUCCUUAGACUCUACAAUCUCAUUAAUCAGAAAGGAAGAAUGCAUAAGCUACUACUGAGUUUAGUAGUUUCACUUUUUACCUCAAUUUGCGCAUAUGGUCUCCCAUUUCUUGCCAAAUGCCAACCUUGUGAUCCUUCUGUAACAGAGUUAUGCCCUACUAAUGAUCGAACCGGCAAUUUCAAACAAUUCAACUGUCCGUCAGGCUAUUACAAUGACCUUGCAACUCUACUUCUUACAACAAACGAUGAUGCAGUUCGAAACAUCUUCUCUUCCAACACUCCUACAGAAUUUCAGCCUCUUUCCCUUCUCAUUUUCUUUGUACUUUAUUGUGUCUUAGGACUAUUUACCUUUGGCAUUGCUGUACCUUCAGGUCUUUUUCUACCUAUUAUCCUUAUGGGUGCAGCUUAUGGUCGCCUGCUCGGUGUUGCCAUGGGAUCCUAUACCAAUAUUGAUCAAGGGCUGUAUGCAGUUCUUGGUGCAGCCUCACUGAUGGCUGGAUCAAUGAGGAUGACUGUGUCACUUUGUGUUAUUUUUCUUGAACUUACUAAUAACCUCUUAUUACUUCCUAUAACAAUGCUAGUACUUUUAAUAGCUAAAACAGUAGGAGACAGUUUCAAUCCAAGCAUAUAUGAUAUUAUAUUGCAUCUCAAGGGUUUACCUUUCUUGGAUGCCAAUCCUGAGCCAUGGAUGAGAAAUCUGACUGUUGGCGAGCUAGCUGAUGCCAAACCGCCGGUUGUUACUCUUUGUGGAGUGGAAAAAGUGUCACGGAUUGUUGAUGUGCUUAAAAACACUACACACAAUGCAUUUCCUGUUGUGGACGACGGAGUGGUGCCACCAGUGGGAUUGGCUGCCGGAGCAACGGAAUUGCAUGGACUGAUCCUAAGAGCUCACCUUGUGCAAGUCAUUAAGAAAAAAUGGUUCUUGCAUGAGAAAAGAAGAACAGAGGAGUGGGAAGCAAGAGAGAAGUUUAGUUGGGUUGAUUUGGCUGAGAGGGAAGGGAAGAUUGAAGAAGUGCCAGUUACAAGGGCAGAAAUGGAAAUGUUUGUUGAUUUGCAUCCUCUCACUAAUACAACACCUUACACGGUCGUGGAGAGUAUGUCAGUGGCAAAAGCUAUGGUGCUUUUCCGGCAAGUGGGGCUACGCCACUUGCUCAUUGUUCCCAAAUACCAAGCAGCUGGGGUACCACCGGUUGUCGGAAUCUUGACUAGGCAGGAUUUAAUGGCUUACAACAUCUUGACAGCAUUUCCUCAUUUGGCCAGAACCAAGAGCAGAGAAAAACACAACUGAAUUUCCCAUGGCUUUUUAAGUAAAUCACAAUAGCAGCUUGCUCGGAGCAACAAUUUUCACUUUUCCUUUCGCUUUUGCAUUAGUUUUUCAUUCUUUUUCAAAUUCUACAGAAGAUUGUUGAGAUACAUGAUUAAUAUAAAAUGCUAUUCAUUUGUACA